UUACAACUAUAAAACGCUACACUAAUUUGCAGCUUUGUGCACUUAGCAGAAGGCCUCACAGUCGGCCUGACGUGUUCCCAUUGCCUCACCAUUCCAGGCCAAUCGAGAGACGAAUAAAGCUGCGCUCUUGCACACGCACCUCCAUAACAUAUUAGCGAUGGCAACUCCAAGACCGGACAUCUUUAAGAAAUAUCUGGACCUCGAGCAACCCGACGACCAGGUAUUCUGCACGUACGUCUUCGUCGAUGCCACGUUGGAGAAUGUGAGAUCGAAGAUGCGGGUGCUCAGCUACGAACCGAAAUCGCCUGAAGAGUGUCCAAUGUCUACGUUCUGUGGCAUGGGUACUGACCAGUGGCCAGACGCUGACGAAAAAUCUGAACUAUACCUCGUCCCAGUAGCUCUUUUUAAGGAUCCUUUCCUGAAGGGCCGGAACAAGUUGAUUCUCUGCGAAGUAAUCAACUCGGAUGAACAACCAAACGAGACGAACACACGCCAUCCUUGCAAGAAGGUGAUGGAAGCUGCGAAGAACGAAGAGCCAUGGUUCGGCAUCGAGCAGGAGUACGUGCUUCUGGAACAAAAUGGCGUGCCGAUGGGCUGGCCCAAGCAGAAACACACUUUUAAACGAGUCCAAAGUUACUACUACGCCGUGGGUUCUGAAAACACUGCCGGCCGGCAAGUCGCCGACGCACACGUCAAAGCGUGUUCUUACGCCGGCGUCAAGCUUUAUGGCUCCAACGUUGAAGCUGUCAUCUCACAGUGGGAGUACCAGAUCGGACCCUUGCCCGGAGUCGAGGCGGGCGACCACCUGUGGAUAUCCCGCUACAUUCUACAGCGCGUGGCCGAGGAUUUCGACGUCGUGGUCAGCUUCGAGCCACGACCAUUCAGGAUCGCCAAACAGCCUGGUAACGCGGGUCACAUCAACUUCAGCACCAAGUCUUCACGAAGCGAAGGAGGCCUCGAUUGGAUCAACCAGGCUAUGGCCAAGCUAGAGCUCAAACACGAGCUCCACCUAGCAGCAUAUGACCCCAAGAAGGAGAAGUCAAACGAAGAGCGACUGCAGUGCAGCCUGAUGGCUACGCCCCGUCGACAGUUUUCUGCAGGCGUCGCCACUAAGAAGGACGUGUGCGUGCGCGUGCCCCGACAGACUCAGGCGGCUGGUCGAGGAUAUUUCGAAGACCGCAGGCCGGGUGCCAACGUGGAACCUUACCGGGCCAUGCAAGCUCUCGUGGAAACACUCUGUUUAGACGAAUAACGCGGCGGCAUCAUUCGUUCGCGUAUACAAGUGAUUACCAUGUUUGGAACAUUGUGCUAAAACAAUCUGCUUUUCUCAUCGAAAGUGACGUCCCCGUAGAAAGAGUGGUAUACGCAAGGCAAACUGGCGCGCUCGUCAGCGCUGACGGCGCUGACGGCGCGUUGAUUUUCCGAUCAUGUGUGUUCACGUAAGAGUGAUUGUCUCGAUUAGUAGUAACAGAUAGUAACGUUUUGAACAGGUAAACGCCAUAAAAUAAUGGGACGGGACACC